UCGGGCAGCUGUUCUGGUCAGUUGACCAACAAGUUUUCAUUCUUUCGAUUCCAUUGCUGCCCUGCCCCACCACCAUUCCGGGCUGGCCCUUGGGUUUUGAGAGAAAAGUCGUCAUCGUCUCGAUAAAGAAAAAGACCACUGAGACAUGAGUGCACUUUAUUCCGUUCAAAACCGAUACAGCCUCUGCUGCAGACAACGAGGGUCUGUCUGGAGCAGAAAGACAAACGCACCCUCUUUACCUUCUCUCUUCGAUUUUUGUCUCUCUUCUUACACUUUAAUCUUUGCGACAUUGCCCUGUUCUUAAAGAAACCUCAGAAUCAAUCUAAUCUCACUUACAAUCAUCUUUCUUUAACUAAUCUCUCUGGGUUUUCCGUCUUUCGUCUUCUACUACCGGAAAUUCGAUCAACAUUGUUGAUAGGAUAGCUGUUUGUGUUCUUGGUGCUUUCGAGUAGACUACAGUCGUAUGAAGUGGUAGCAAGGAAGAAUGAUAGAUGAAAAUGCCAAAAAGGGCAAGUUCUCUUGGUCAAAGUCAUUGGUUCGAAAGUGGUUCAGUAUCAAGAGCAAAUCCGAGGAAUUUCAGACCGAUAAAGGUGUUUAUGGAGGUGGUGAUGGCGAAUGGAGGAAUACUUUUUCUCAAAGGGAGCCACCAGCUAUCAAGAAGACUAAAACAGAGAAAUCAAGCAAGAGUACUGAACGUCCCAGGCGGAGUAGAGUUUAUCUUGAUCACCCUCAGAUUAUAAACGUCCAUAACUACAGUAUUUUUGCAGCUACAUGGAAUGUCGGUGGAAAAUCCCCUUCUAGUAAUAUGAAUCUUGAUGACUGGUUACAUGCUGCUCCACCUGCAGAUAUUUAUGUCCUUGGAUUUCAAGAAGUAGUUCCCUUGAAUGCGGCUAAUAUUCUCGGAGCGGAAGACAACGGCCCUGCAAAAAAAUGGCUAACCCUAAUCCGUAGGACACUGAACAAUCGGCCGGGUACAAGUGGUGGAAGUGGUUGCUAUACUCCUUCACCUAUCCCUGAUCCAGUUGCUGAAUACGAUGCUGAUUUCGAAGGCUCAUCAAGACAAAAAACAUCUUCUUUAUUUCACCGAAAGUCAUUUCAAGCACCUCGAAGCUGGAGAACCGAAAACGACUCAUCGAUGCCACAAGCCCGGCUUGAUAGGCGAUACAGUGUUUGUGAUCGGGCCAUCUUUGGUCAUCGGCCUAGUGACUAUUCUUCAAGUCAUAGACCAAGUGAUUAUUCCUCUUCGGGUGGUCAUAGGCCAAGUGACUAUUCCUCUAGCCGGAGGCCUAGUGAUUAUAGGCCAAGUGAUUAUAGGCCGAGUGACUAUUCGUCUGGGAAUCGGCCUAGUGAUUACUCAUCAUGGGGUCAAAGACCGAGUGAUUGUUCAAGGUGGGGUUCAUCGGAUGAUGACUAUGGACCCAUGGAAGAUUCACCCAGCACGAAUUCUUUCUCACCUGCAUCUGUCAUGGAAGAUGGAUCUAGGUGGCCUAGCCACUCUAGAUAUUGUUUGGUUGCUAGUAAACAAAUGGUUGGUGUUUUUCUCACUGUUUGGGUGAAGAAUGACUUGAGGGAGCAUGUUCGGAACAUGAAAGUGUCUUGUGUUGGUAGAGGAUUGAUGGGGUAUCUUGGGAAUAAGGGAUCUGUUUCUGUGAGUAUGUUGUUGCAUCAAACAAGCUUUUGCUUUGUAUGUAGUCAUUUGACUUCCGGACAGAAGGAAGGUGAUGAGCUAAGAAGGAACUCUGAUUUUAUGGAAAUCAUUAAGAAAACAAGGUUUCCACGUGUUCAAGGCACAAAUGAUGAUAAAUCCCCAGAAACGAUAGUGGAACACGAUCGAAUUAUCUGGCUCGGGGAUCUCAAUUACCGAAUUGCCCUCUCUUAUCGGUCAGCUAAGGCGCUUGUUGAGAUGCAAAACUGGAGAGCAUUGCUGGAGAAAGAUCAGCUGCGGAUCGAGCAAAGAAGGGGCCGUGUAUUCCAGGGAUGGAACGAAGGGAAAAUAUACUUUCCACCAACGUAUAAAUACCUAACUAAUUCAGACAGAUAUACCGGGGAUAGUUUGCACCAUAAGGAGAAAAGACGAACGCCUGCAUGGUGUGAUAGGAUUUUAUGGUAUGGGGGAGGUCUUCAUCAAUUAUCAUAUGUGCGUGGCGAAUCUAGGUUUUCGGAUCAUAGACCAGUUUACAGCUUAUUCUGGGCUGAAGUUGAAUCGGUUCAAAGCCGUUUUCGAAGAAGCAUGAGCUACUCCAGCUCUAGAAUUGAUGGGGAAACAAUUUUGCCAUAUUCCCAUGGCUAUACAGAACUCUGCUUCUUCUGACAACAAACACUACAGUCUCAACAUCUACAGUUUGUGAAAGUUUAGGUUCCAAUAUGGAUUUGGCUUCUUGUGAUCACUACUCGGCUUUUAUGCCAACUAACUACUUUCCUUGUGGAUUUAUAUCUUACAAGAUGCUACGAGAGGUUGCUUGAAGAAGUAGUACUAUUGAAAAAGUUGGAUGGAAUGGUCAAAGAUGGGAAAGAUGAAGAUUAUUUUAUUCAAGAUUCUUUACUGUGAGGAAAUGUGAAUGAUAGAUGUUCAAAAUAACAAUUCUUGCUUUUGUAGGUUUUUUCUUUAUUAAAUUAUAUAGAAAAUCAAAGGACUGAAUUAGGAAUAUGAUCAAUGUAUACUCCAAUCACCGAAAGAAUAUGCAGUAAAUAUUAAAUCUUAUUCAUUACUGGAAAA